GUAACGGCGUGUCAGGCUGUACAGUCUGCAGGCUCCGUCCGCUGCUGACGAGACUCUAUGCGGGCAGAAAGUAUGCUGACAGCGGACUGUCAGACUCCAGAUCACAAAAACCGCCGCCGUAAUAAGAUCCAGACGCCUAGGGAGGCUCUUAAAAAAGGCAGAUCAAUUAGGGUUCUGGGCUGUUAGUUUCUGGUUUCUCUAAUGCGAGCGCUAAAGGGAGCUGACAGCAAGCUAGUUUGUCUGCAGAGUGACGGAGUUACUUUCCUCUCCGCUUGCAUGUGCGCUACUCGCCGUCGCUGUGUAUGACACACUUUUAAUUUUGUUUUUGAUAUUUUAAAAUAUAUGUUUUUGUUGGGAGUUCUAUGUAAAAGAUAGAUUGGAGUUGGUAUUGUUUUUAUAAUUAUAAUUAAAAAAAUUCUUUGGCUGUGAUCAUGGCUGAGGCAGCCCAGCAGUUCGUAGACAUCGACCCGGACUUCGAGCCGCAGACGCGGCCGCGUUCGUGCACCUGGCCGCUGCCUCGGCCGGAGCUCAUCAACCCGGCCGACUCCGGCACGUCCUCGCCGGCCCCGUCUGUCAAACAGGAGCCGGUCGGCGGCACCGAUUUCAUCGGCAGCCUCAGUCUGUUGGAGGAAGCCGAAGACUUUCCGGAGGAGAAAGGCGCUACGUGCGGCGGCUUCCAGUGUCGGGACGGCUGCGCGCACCAGCAGCAGCAACGGCAGCAUCCAAGCUCCCAGCUGCCGCAACAGGUGGCCGCGCUGCCCGCUCCGCUCGGUUCCUCCGCCGCCGCUCAGCGGAAAAGCGGCACGUCCCGCCGCAAUGCCUGGGGGAAUAUGUCCUACGCCGACCUGAUCACCAAAGCGAUCGAGAGUUCGCCAGAGAAGCGACUCACCCUCUCCCAGAUCUACGACUGGAUGGUCAGGAGUGUGCCCUACUUCAUGGACAAGGGUGACAGCAACAGCUCGGCGGGCUGGAAGAACUCAAUCCGGCACAACCUGUCGCUGCACAGCCGCUUUGUGCGCGUCCAGAACGAGGGGACGGGCAAGAGCUCCUGGUGGAUGCUCAACCCGGAGGGUGGCAAGAGCGGCAAGUCCCCCCGGCGCCGCGCGGCCUCCAUGGACAACAACAGCAAGUUUGCCAAGAGCCGUGGGCGGGCUGCCAAGAAGAAGGUGUCGCUCCAGGGGGCGCCAGAGGGUGGUGCCGAGAGCCCCGGGUCCCAGUACUCCAAGUGGCCGGGCAGCCCAAACUCGCACAGCAAUGACGACUUUGAUGCAUGGGGGCCCAUCCGCAAGCGCAGUGGCUCCAACGCCAGCACGCUGAGCGGCCGCCUCUCGCCCUUCAUGGCCGAGCAGGACGACCUGACUGACGGCGAUGUACACAUGGUCUACCCCGGGGGACCCAGCUCCAAGAUGGCGACCACGUUGCCCAGUCUUUCGGAGGUGACAGGCUCACUCGGCUCUGAGACCGUCAUGGAGAGCCUCCUGGGAAACCUUAAUCUGCUGUCCCCCAAGAACUCGCAGGUGGGGGCAGCCGGGCAGGGUGGAGGAUCCGCCCAGUCGUCACCCUCCUCGAUGAUGCAGACCAGCCCUGGGUACCCUGCCUACAGCUCCCCCAGCAUGGUGGCCCCACCCACUCAGGACUACCGCAAGUGCCUGUAUGGGCAACCUGGAGUUGGCGGCCUGUCGCCCCUCCCCAUGCAGCCCCUCCCCAAGGGCAAGUCUCUGAACCAAUAUGGCUGCCAGACCGGGCUCCUCAAAGAGCUGCUCACGUCAGACUCCGACCCCCAUGGCAACCUCAUCCCCUCAGUGGAGACGGCGGCAGGCCAGCCAGGUGGGGCCAGAGGCCUGUUAACCUCCUAUAGCGCCAGCCAGGCAGGCCACGGGAGCAAGAUGAUUGGCCAAGGAAGCUUGCAGCCCCUCCCCCACACUCAUCCCCUUCACGGGCCAGCUCCUCCUACACAGGUGAUCCUAAAUGGGCGUACCCUGAUGCCCCUUGGCGGCAUGAGGAGCCCCGGCCACCUGGCACCCGAGAAGCCCUCCAUGCCAACGCCCUUCCCUUGCUCCGCCCACCUUGGCGGGGGGGUCCCACCUGCCUACUGCACCUUCAACGGCAACGGUUACAUGCGGCCCGGCUUGCCACAGCCACACGAGAAGCUGCCCAGCGACCUGGUGGACGUGUCCUUCGAGAGCUUCGAUUGUGACAUGGAGUCCAUCCUGCAUGACGCGCUCAUGGACGGUGACUCGCUGGACUUCAACUUUGACCCCACGGUGGCCCCACAGGGCUUUGCCCAUGGUGUGAAGACCACCACACACAGCUGGGUGUCCGGGUAAAGUCCCCCACAUGUGCGGAAGUCCCUGAUGGUGCCCAGAUAUGCUCUCCAGUGAAGAGGAACACAGAUCCACCCCAAAUUUGCAGACCUUACCUGGUAUACGGUAUAUAUGCAGUUAUCUAGUAUUAUCUAACAUCACAGGGAAAAUGACCUCAUUGGGUAAGGUUCAUGUGACCAUGCUUGUCCCAUUUUUUUUUUUUCUUUUUUUGGUUGGUUGCUUUAGACACUUUCCCUCCAUCGUCAUUCAAAGAAACAAGUAACAGUUCAUUCUUGGGGGGGCGGAGCUCAACCGCAUUGGCCCACAGCCUCAUUGGCCCACAGCCUCAUUGGCCCACGGGCAUUACGUAAGGUGGAGCAUAAAGCAUGAUUUUAUUUAUUUAUCUUUGUCGGCUAUGAAACAUUCUCUUGACCUUCACCCCCCACCCCUCUUAUCUGGGUUGUGAACAUAUAACAGCCCCCCCCAGCUUUAUUGAGACAUGAGUUAUUUCUGCUGUGAAUUGUUUCAUGUAAAAAUAUCACCGUCAUCCCAGAACUGGAAGUUCUGCUCAAUCCAAAGAAGAACUCAUAAUUCUCCCUCAUUUUUGAGACUCAAAUCCUGCCCAGAAAAUGUUUACCAACCUGUUCAGAUUUGUUUUUUUUAAUUUUUACUGUAAAUAAUCAAGUGCCAAUCUCUCAACAGCAGGUUUCAAUGUUGGUGGUCUUGUUUUAAAUUCAUUGUUACGCGUUCUUUCAAAAAAGUCCUGGUGUUUGCCGUGACUUACCAUCUUGUGGCAGCAUUCAGACACAUUGGCACUCGCGGUCACUCACGGACACUCGUGGUCACUCACGGACACGCACUUACCAACGCACGCCGUUACUCACACACACACAUGGUCACUCAAUGGACACACACCGGCCGGUUUGUCUCGCUGUAUGUUGGCACCCAGGUCGACUUUGCUCCCUGUGAAUCGCCGUCUUUCACAGUUAAGCAGGCAGUCACAGAUCACUGCUGAGACCUCUGCCUGCUGCUUGUUUGUAAUUCAGGUCCUGCUUGUCAGCUUUGAUCAGAUCAAACCACAAGGAUGUGCACUCCCCCCAAUUAUGAGACUUGUUCCUCUGCUCUCCCCACUGCACACUUUUUCUUAGGUGAAACAGGUCUACGUUUUCUUCUGAAAUACUUUUUAACUUUGUCCUGUACCUGUUGCUGGGAAGGAAAACUAACUUGAGAGAAAAGAGAGCACGUACAUCAAUGCUGCUGCUGAAAAAUGAAUGCUUUACUGGUUCCAGUUGGGGUGGAUCAGGCAGUGAUUGACAGUGAUUGGCAGUGAUUGACAGUGAUUGGCAGUGGUGGGUGUCAAAGCCUCACUUUGGCUUUAGAUCUGAUGGCGGCAGGGCCUAAAUUAUGUGAAUGAAUGAGUCCAUAGGGAUUGUGGGAUAUUGUUACUUCAUGAUAUUACCUCUCCUCUCAUAUUAGAUGUACCAUACUGAGUGUUUUUAAUCUCAGACGGCAAGUUUACAGAAUAGUAACGCAAAUCAGUUUUUGCCAAAGAUUUUAGCUGUACAUCUGGAGAAAAAUAACUGAAUGAUGUUUUAUUUACGUUGAGCUUGUAUCACUUCCUGCUGGAAGGCGCUUUUUGGUGAGGCUGUUAAUUAGGCACUUUUUAUUUACACUUUUUUUUGUAAAUACAUGAAAUGUAUAAUAAUAAUUGAGACAUAUUUGAAAUCCAGACGAUGGUAUAUUUGAUGAAGAUUCUCUCUGUCUCUCUCUCUCUCUCCCUCUCCCUCCCUCCCUCCCUCUCUCUCUCUCUCUCUCUCUCUCUCUCUCUGCCUCCUGGCACUUACCACACAUGGCGUAAACGUGCCUUUCCUGACACCCUUCUCCGGCAGUACAGUGACACGCUACCAUCCGCCCCCCCCAGCAGAAAUCCACACGUCGUAUACGUGAUAUACCAGCAGUGGCAGGGCGUGCAGCAUGCUGUAGCUUCCUGCACCUUCCCUGAGCCCGCUGAAGAGCGGCAGCUGAUCUGGAUGCACAGCAGGAAUCCUACCACUGUGCUUGACAAGGCCGCAAACUCCUAUGUUUCAGGGUAAUGGAAGGCUAUUACGUGCUGAUUUUUAUGAUAUUGCACUAAAUAUAAAUUUGGUAUGUUUAAUGGAGAAUCUAAAAUAGUUCAGAAAUAGUCCUCUACUUCAGAAUGGUUUUUCCUCAGUGAGCGUAAGUGCAGGCAUAAUUAAAAUUUUUCCUUCAAAGACGAUUGGCUCUGUAGUGUCGCUGUAAAUUAACCAAUCACAAUACAGGUUGAUGAAGUGGCUGUUUAAAGCGUCCAUUUGUUUCUUAAUCAGCACUUGCAGUAUUGCACAGGGCGCCGUAACCCUACGGCUGCCCACAGCUGCGUUUUGGGGGAGGAUCUCGUUGUUGUACCUUUGAGCCCAUUUACGCGCAGCUCUGGUGAAAUGUCCAGCUACGACCGUGUAGGCUGCUUUGGAUGAAAACUUCAGCUACGAAAUAAUUACCCAAAGCAACAACAUUCCCGCUGUCUGUUUCUCAGUACAACAUGGAGGGGCAAGAUGGGAGAAUCAAGGCCGAAGCCAAGGAUGGACAUUCUGUUAGACUGUCAGGCGCCCCCUGGUUCAUGACACAUCUAGGAUGGAAUGUAGUCUACUCUUUCGUUUUUCCUUUUUUUGUGGCACUCUUAAAUCGCGGCUUGUUCCUGAUUACAGCUUACACACAUGAAAUCGCAGAGAUUCCGCGUCCGCAUACUUGAGUUAAAGCGUAAGCUGAAUUUUUUCGGGUUUUGGGUCUUGACUUAAGGGAAGCGGCUUCUAGAGGCAGGUUGUGCUUAACUGCUCCAGCCGUGCGGCCGUCAUCUGCCAGAGAAUGAAACGCUCCCUGGAGUUGUUGUACCCCCUAAUAUUUUAAGUCCUGACGCGUGAUCGUAGCACAAGCACGCUGUGGUCGGACAUUUCAGAGCACCGAGUGCAAUCUCUGGCAAAAUAAACCUUUAUGAACAACGAGUGGUUUAUAACAGCUAUACAACAGUGAAAAUAUUCUUUAUUAUUACCAAGUGUAAAUGAUCGCUUUGUGAAUUUUGCGCAGUAUAUAACCUAUGCAUUCUUGUAAUUUUUUUUUUUUGUACUUGUACCAACGAUGAGAGAAAUUGUAUUUUAGAGUUGUGGAGAUUUUUAUGUCCUUGUAUUUGUUAAAGAUAGUUCUACAAAAAAAAUGAGGCGCAUUUAGAUGCUGAUGCUUGGCUUUUUUGGUAAACUGACAAUAUUAUUCUUGUAUUUAGCUUUCAUUUGUAGGAAAAAAUGUAAAACAUAAAAAAAUUCUCAAAUAUGGAGGAAAAUCUAUAUUAAAUUAAUUUUUGUUUAACUUGGCAGAUCUUUGGACCAAUUUAUAUCAAUUUGAAUAAUAAAAAAAACAAUGUUUUUAAUCCGCAUUUUAUAAGUGGCACUUUUCACAAAAAGUGAGGAAAGUGACCUUAUUUUAAAACACCGUUAUAAACGGCAUUGUAACAUUUCUUACCUUGUGUACAGUACGUUUUAUUCAAAUGGCAGAAGUAAAUGUGCAAUUAUGUAUUAAAAAAAACUGAAUAUAUAAGUAUAUACCUAUUUAAGAUAGGCCUUAUCUAUAUAUAUAUAUAUAUAGUUGCUUCUGAGUGGCUAACAAACUGGAAGAGUUUAAUUGGAACGGUUUGUUAAUUAGAAACGUUUAUUAGUUAAUUGCUGCUUUUUCUGCGGUGAUCCAUCCUGAUAUUUAUGCAGACGACAUGUCUCAUCCACCAGCACGAAGACAAGCCUUCUGAGUUUUUACUUCAAUGUCACAGACGUGAUUGUAUUACCCUAAAACACAAAGUCAGAAAAUGUCUUAUUUUUUUUCCUUUGCAGCUGCUGAAUGAAGCCAUCACCUUGUACAUAAAUUAUGAUAUUGGGAAAAACGCUG